UCCCGCCCCGGUCCCGGCUCCGCCGCCAGCCCGCGCCCGGCACCGGCACCGGCACCGGCACCGCCGGCCCGGCCCGGCCGCCGCCAUGUCGUUUCGCAAGGUGGUGCGGCAGAGCAAAUUCCGGCACGUUUUCGGGCAGCCGGUGAAGACGGAGCAGUGCUACGAUGACAUCCGCGUGUCCCGCGUCACCUGGGACAGCACCUUCUGCGCCGUCAACCCCUCCUUCGUGGCCAUCAUCGUGGAGGCCAGCGGCGGCGGCGCCUUCCUGGUGCUGCCCCUGCACAAGACCGGGCGCAUCGACAAGUCCUACCCCACGGUGUGUGGGCACACGGGCCCCGUGCUAGACAUCGAGUGGUGCCCCCACAACGACCACGUCAUCGCCAGCGGCUCCGAGGACUGCACCGUCAUGGUGUGGCAGGUCCCCGAGGGGGGGCUUAGCCAGCCACUGACGGAGCCGGUGGUGGUACUGGAGGGGCACUCGAAGCGUGUGGGCAUCAUCACCUGGCACCCCACUGCCCGCAACGUCCUGCUCAGCGCAGGCUGUGACAACGUGGUGCUGAUCUGGAGUGGGACGGCGGAGGAGCUGUACCGCCUGGAGGGGCUGCACCCCGACCUCAUCUACAGCGUCAGCUGGAGCCGCGACGGCUCCCGCUUCUGCACCGCCUGCAAGGACAAGAGCGUGCGCGUCAUCGAUCCCCGCCGCGGCACCGUGGUGGCGGAGAAGGAGCGGGCGCACGAGGGUGCGCGGCCCAUGCGCGCCAUCUUCCUGGCCGACGGCAAGAUCUUCACCACCGGCUUCAGCCGCAUGAGCGAGCGGCAGCUGGCGCUGUGGGACACGGAGAACCUGGAGGAGCCCAUGGGGCUGCAGGAGCUGGACUCCAGCAACGGGGCCCUGCUGCCCUUCUACGACCCCGACACCAACGUGGUUUAUGUCUGCGGCAAGGGUGACUCGAGCAUCCGGUACUUCGAGAUCACGGAGGAGCCGCCCUACAUCCACUUCCUCAACACCUUCACCAGCAAGGAGCCGCAGCGCGGCAUGGGCUGGAUGCCCAAGCGCGGGCUGGAUGUCAGCAAGUGCGAGAUCGCCAGGUUCUACAAGCUGCACGAGCGCAAGUGUGAGCCCAUCAUCAUGACGGUGCCAAGGAAGUCGGACCUCUUCCAGGACGACCUGUACCCCGACACGGCGGGCCCCGACCCGGCGAUGGAGGCGGAGGAGUGGGUGGCGGGGCAGACGGCGGGGCCGGUGCUGGUGUCCCUGCGGCAGGCCUACAUCCCCAGCAAGCAGCACCUCAAGGUGAGCCGCCGCACCCUGCUGCACGACGCCCGCCCCGCCGCACCCAGCCCCGCCGCCCCCGCCGCGCCGCCCCCCGCGCCCCCCGCCGCCUCCGCACGCCUCAGCGCGCCCCCGGCACUGGGCACCGGCGCCCCCGCGCCCCCGGCGGGCGGGCGGCUGGACGAGGUGCUGCAGGAGGUGGCGGCGCUGCGCGCGCUGGUGGCGGAGCAAGGCCAGCGCAUCACCCGCCUGGAGGAGCAGCUCAGCCGCCUGGAGAACGGGCACGUCUAGGGCUCCCCCGGCCCGGGGCACGCGGCCGGGGCUGCCCCCCUUGUCCCCCUCCUCCCCGCACAGAGCCAGGGACCACACCGCUGCCCCAGGGUCCCCCCCUAAGACCUCAUCCCCCUCACCCUGGGGCUGUCCGUCCAUCCUUCCCUCGUUUUGUACGUCCGGCCGCUCCCCUCCCUGACCCCACUGCCUUACUGGGUGCUGCCCCCCUGGAUUGUGGACCACUACCCCCCCCACAGCUGCCCCCGAGGGCCAGGGGGAGUCUCUGGGAUCAAAUACUAAGCCCUGCACCCUUCCCAACUCUCCCAUGUCCCUAGGGUGGGGUGGGGUCUUCCCCUCUACAGCAUGUGCCCCGUGACCACGGGAUCAUCCCCCCCCCCAUAUCAUGGGGCUUUCCCCCUCCCCCUUUGUUCUCCCUACAGGGCAGGGUCAAAAUCUAUAUUUUCACUCCAAAUAAAUGUCUUUA